AUGCUCUUCCGGGAAGGUGGCCAGGUCGUGAAAAAGAGUGACGUCGAUGAUGGCCAGAAACUCAUGGUUACUCAGUACGCAUCGGCGUCGGCGCAGCAGCAGCCCCCGCGACGACGAUCUGGUCUGCCGCUGCCGUCUCCCCCCGUCGGGGGCGCGGUGAGUCACACCCCGGCGGGAAGCCUGCGCCGCGCGGCGCUCCGCUCCGCCUUCCUCCUCUUCCUCCCCAGCCGCCGGCUUCUGCACCUCUUCCUCACCCGACGGCGUGCGGCAGCAGCAGCAGCGGCCAAGUGUUCCCCCGCUGCUCUUCACAUCGCCGGCGGCCACUCAAACCGGCUGCCGCCACGGUACAUCCCCACCCGCCGCUGCUGUCGUCUGCUGCCGCUCGCUGUCAGCCGGCGCCGGCUCCUUCGCCCUCGGCGUCUGCUCCGCUCGCCGGCUUCCUGUCAUCCGUCGUCGCCGACAGUUCUCUGUCACCGAACACGAGUCGAAGAUCAGCAGCGGACCUCCCAGCCGGUGGUUACCGAAGCGGCAAGCAUGGCCGCCGCCGCCUCCGCAUCGGCGUCCUCCGUGGCCCGCUCCGUGCUCGGGCUGCUCAAGACCGUGGCGCGCGACGUGCUCGCCGUGCUGGCCGUGCUCUUCUUCUUCCUGACGCCCGUGGCCGCGCUGCCUUACACGCGCGCCUACGUGCCCAACACGUACACGCUCAUCAACUCCCACUGCUCGGCCUGGGCGUUGCGAAUUCUCACCUGGCUUCUGCUGCUUCCCGGCACAGUGUCCGUGGUGCUAGUGCUCAUCGUGCUGCCGCCGCUGUGCAUACCGCGCCGCUGGAAGUACCGGGCCGUCAUCGAGAACUACAAGGUUGGGCCGCAGACCACAUUCCGCUGGGAGUCGCCUUUCUUCGACCGAAAGUACCGACUCUGAGCCUGUCGGGCUCGUGCCGGCGCCGCCGCUGCUGUCGCGUUCUCCAACCAGUUGAAGUUGACAACAAUACCGACGCGGGAAGACGGGACGGACGGGCGCUGCCUUCUCGCCGGUGGGAGACGCGAACGGAGGACCUUCAACGGACCACGCGCCACCUGUAGUCGGGCCCCUUGGCGCACGCACGGACCAGGCCCUUCGUAGUCGGCCUCAUCGAAGCUCGAAGCCAAAGCGUCAUUGAGUCCAAAGCGUUCAUUGAUCUGCUAAUACUUUUGUCCUACGGUGUAAAUAAUUCAGCUUCCAUAUUACACGUGCUUCCAGAAACUCGAGAUAUUUUACCCCCAUUUUUUUUCAGUGUUCUAUUACUUCGUAGUAGUAACUGUGAUGGUGAUAGAAAAUACCUGGCUGUUACGUAGCCUCUGCAUAUUUAUAAGUACUUUCUUUUUCGCCAAUUUAGGAAAUAACCAUGUUCACACCGGUACACUUUGUACUUCCGGGCAUUAAAGGACUAUGGAAAAGUA